AGUAUAUCUUUUCCUUCAAAGCAGCAAAAAAAAACUGAAGCACUUCAAGAACUUAUUCAAAUUCAUCCUAAACUUAAAGGAAAACCAGUUUAUUUCUUUUCAAAAUUAGAUAGAUAUUUUGAAGAUAUAUUAAUGUUUGAUGCAAAAGAACAAAGAACCUAUAUUUAUAGUUUAAUAAAUGAUUGUAAAUAUGAAACAUUUUCUAAGUGGAUAAAUGGAUUGCAAAAACGUGGAUUAUUCAAAGAACAACGAUCAGCUCUUGCAACUGUUUUUUUAGAACCAAAUCCUACCAGUUUAUCAAUUGCUUCAAUUUUACGUACAUCAGAAUAUAUACUAUAUUGGAAAUCGAUAGCAAGUGCAAAUAUUGAAGAUAUUUUUUUAUAUAUGCAAAAAAAACAAUUACUGAUUAAAGCAAAAGGAAUUUUAAUCACAUAUGAGGUUUUUGUUUGUAAUCAACUUGUAAAAGAAGAAUAUUUUCCUUUUUUAACUAAAGCAAUUAAAAGAACUUAUGACAAAGUAAAAAAUUUUAUCGAAUAUAUAUAUAAUUUAAAUAUUUGCCAAGGACAAAGUACUAAAGUAAAUUCAGUAAAAACAAUACAUGCAUCAAAAGAGAUUCUUCAAGAAAAAGUUAAUCAACAGCGAAAAACUAUUAAAGAACAAACUAAAACAAUUAUCAAUUUAAAAAAUCAAUUACAAAAAAAAAUUGAAAAAGAAGAAGAGAAGGUGUCAAAUGAAAUUGCAAAUAUUGUUCAUACAGUUACCAAAAGUGUAACAAAUAAAACUACAAAUAUUGCAAACCUUCAUCCUAUUUUUCAAGAACUUAUUCGAAUUCAAUGUACAAAACUGAAUGAAACAAGAUAUCAUCCGAUGUUUUUACGUUGGGCAAUAUCUGUAUAUAGCAAAUCUGGACAGACAGCAUAUAAUGCAAUAAAAACUAUUAUGCGAUUGCUAUCAAUUUCUACACUUAAAAAACCUAAACGUAAACUUGCAACUCAAGUUCAUCAAGUCAUUUGGCAUUCAGCAACGCAUAAUUUUUCUUUUCCAAUAUUCUAUUAUGGUAUUAAUACAAUGAUAGCACACAAUUUGAAUACAUUAAUUUUUAGUUUGGCGGCAAAAUUAGAAUGCCUUGGCAUACAUACCUAUGGCUCAAUUUGUGACGGUGCUGGAGAAAACAGAACUCAUAUUAAAAGUUUUGAUUA